GACAUCUGUGAGAUAUGGAUACCGAGGAAGUAGACCCAGGCGAUAUUUUGGGGGAAUUCUCUUUGGAGGACACGUAUGACCAUCUACAGGAAGUUCACAAAGAGCUUCAAUGUCUAUUAGAACAAUUGAUGAAUGUAGCAUCAAAUAAUAAUGUGGGAAUACUAUUAUCUUCGACGACACCGGAAUCCAUUGAGUCUAAACAGUGUGUUUUUUUACGAAGUUUAAUAAAGAACAGCAGUGAUUUAAAUAUAAAAGCAGAGCCGAUGAAUAAUACCUCUGAUCUGUACGAACAACUGAUUCAAGAACUUUAUGACGAAAUAAAGAGAGCGGAAUCAUUGGAGACAACAUUUAAAGAGGAUGUUAGAACAAUCAAAAAUGAAAUAAAUUAUUUGAAAAAUGAAAAAAAUUGUCUGCAGUGGAUGAAAGAGGCAUGCAUUGGAGCUAAUGAGGAUGGGGCUAAUUCUACAUACGACACGGAAAUUACAUUGGCUACCCGAAUGUUCGCACAAGUAAAGGAGGAUUUGGGAAAACUCGUGGCAGCUACAACUAUGAAUAACGAAAACUUUCAAAAUGUACUUGCGGACUUAACGUCAUCUCAUAUAAAAGGUGGUAAUGAAGUUUACAUCGAUGUGGAUCCACAAUCAGUCGAUUGCGUGCAUUUUCUUAUAGACGCAGAUAUAGCUGUAUAUCAUCGUAAUGAUAAUCAUAAAGUGCGUCUAAUGGAUCUCAUCUAGACUCUCAUGAAACAUAUGACAAGAUUAUUGAUGAAUAAAUGGAUUAUCUACAAAAAAAAAUCAUUACCCUGCCUAACCAAUUUCUCUGCGUACUUUUAUAUCA